AUGGCUAAAGGUCCCAAGCAACACUCUCCUCCAGGACCCAGACCUUUGCCAGUUGUUGGAAAUCUGCACAUCCUCAACCUGAAGAGGCCGUAUCAAACCAUGCUAGAGCUGUCGCAGAAAUACGGCUCCAUUUACAGCAUCCACAUGGGACCAAAGAAGGUGGUGGUGCUCUCUGGCCAUGAGACAGUGAAAGACGCCCUCAUUAAUUAUGGUGAUCAAUUUGGGGAACGAUCUCAAGUUCCUAUAUUUGAAAGACUUUUUGAAGGAAAAGGAAUUGCCUUCUCCCAUGGUGAGACGUGGAAAACUAUGAGAAGAUUCAGCUUGACCACCUUGAGGAAUUUUGGAAUGGGCAAGAGGGUCAUAGAAGAUAGAAUUAUAGAGGAAUGCCAGCAUCUGAUACUCAACUUGGAGUGCCAAAGAGGAAAACCCAUUGAGAUCCGAACAAUUAUGAAUGCUUCUGUUGCCAACGUCAUUGUGUCCGUGUUGCUUGGGAAAAGGUUUGAUUACCACGAUGCUCAGUUCCUGAGACUCUUAACCUUGAUUGGUGAAAAUAUGAAACUCCUCGGAGGUCCUAGAAUAGCGGAGAAAGAUACAUCUACUGACUAUUUCAGUGAUGAAAAUUUGGUGGCACUUGUUACUAAUCUGUUGGCGGCAGGUACAGAGACCACAGCCUCCACGCUGCGCUGGGGAAUUCUGCUCAUGAUGCGAUAUCCUGAGAUCCAGAAAAAGGUUUGUGAUGAGAUCGCCAAAGUUGUUGGAGCCGCCCAGCCUCGAAUCGCACACCGAACUCAAAUGCCAUACACAGAUGCCGUCAUCCAUGAAAUACAGAGAUUUGCUAACAUUCUGCCCACGGGUUUGCCCCGGGCAACAACCACAGACAUUAUAUUUAAAAAUUACUAUAUUCCAAAGGGCACUGAGGUCAUCAUCUUGUUGACCUCAGUACUCCGGGAUCAAACACAGUGGGAAAAACCAGAUGCUUUUAAUCCUGAGCAUUUCCUCAGCUCUGAGGGAAAGUUUAUCAAGAAGGAAGCUUUCAUGCCCUUCUCAGUGGGUCGCCGGAUGUGUGCUGGUGAGUCACUGGCCAAGAUGGAGCUUUUCCUCUUCUUCACCAGCCUCCUGCAGAAGUUCACCUUCCAGCCACCCCCUGGGGUCUGCCAUCUGAACCUGGACCUAACUCCAGACAUGGGCUUCACCACUCGACCAGUGCCUCAUGAGAUUUGUGCUCUGCUCCGGGCCUAG